UUCGACAUCAUUAUCAUUGCGUCCAAAGAGUUUUAUGGUUUUUCUUGUCUCUGCUCUUGUAUUGUCGAAAUGCCUUGUCCUAUUUUCUUCAGUUAACCAUGAGAUCCGUAAGAAUCUGGCUGAGUCUCUUCGCCGUCUUUGGCUUCUGUUUCCAUUCCACCAUCAACUUUACGUUAUACUCAAGCAAUACUGUCUCAGCUCCACUGAGUUACGAGGAGAGCGAGGCAGCCCGCUAUGAUCGCCAAUACAUUCAACGUGAAAUUGUUGACAAAAAUUACGAGGUUGUUAUGGAAAACGAUGUUUUUUUACCGACCAAAGUUCAUCGCAACACCGACAGUAUAAAUCCUCGUCAAAACCCAGCCUACCGUCGUACCAUAAUUCCGGAUCAAAGCGCCGUUGACCUCGUUGACAAUGUUGCGUUAAAGAGGGGACAUAAAUUGACUGUGGUGGAUAAGAACGAUGAAGUCGUGACUGAAGUUGUUGACGAUGACUUUCCGUCAAGCAUUUUCUCGGAAACAACGACAUCCAUACCACCUACGGAUAAACCAAGUGGAAUUUCAGACAACUUUGCUUCUUUGCCAGACAUGCAAAAUCCUGCGAAACUUGGCAUUGAGACGAUAAGCCCACUUAAAAGUGACAUUGCCCUUGCCAAAAACAACAAUGUGAAUAACUCCACGUAUAAAAGUACAGUUUUAAAUGGAGAAAACUUUAUUACAACGCCGGAGAACUUGACUUAUAACUCCUUUUAUAAACAUGCAAUAAACGAAACUUCGUCCAAACCUGUUGGCUAUAAGAAGGUGAAUCCUAUUCAAAAUAAAUCGUGGUUGAACUUAAUUUCGUGGCUAAAUGGCUUAGAGUACAAUCAAUCUGAUUUUAACUCUGAUGCCGAAGCAGACGAAGCUGUGCCAUCUAUUGGAGCGAGUAACUCAACAAGGUCUGCUGUAACAAAGAAUAUGAACCAUUCAAAACCAUUUCAUUCAAGAUCAUCUGAAAUAGAAGUGAUUGAAUUGACCGAUCCUACCUUUUUAUACAAUGACAGUAGACUCUUUGUCACUGCAAUGAAUGUCUCGGCGAGAAAAGAAAAAACACACAAAGAAAACGACACCACGAGUCAUUCAGUUGCUGUCAAAAAUGAAAGUCAAAUUUCGAUUGGACUUGGAAAGGAAAAUAUUGAAAACACUGUUCGUGAAAAUUCAAAUAUUAGUGAAGAUGAUAUUUCUCCAAAGGUCUCAAGAAAUCUGUCAUCAGCGCAAGCGUUAUAUGAUAAUUCUAUCAAUCUUAACUCAUCUGCAGUUACUCAAGCUACCCUAUGGAUUCCUGUACAAAAGUUGAAAAAUAUAAGACUUGUUAAAGAGAACGAGUCUUCGUCGUUCCUCACUCGCAAAUUUCGACGUUCUUGUGCCCUCCAUCAAUUGCCUUCAAACAAAUCGCAGAAACUUAAAUCAGUCUUAUCAGCAGCCAAGGAGAUUUCGAAUGAGUACGAAACCGCGCAAGAUCUCAUGUCUUGGGAGACCUGGGGACCAUGCUCCCGUACAUGCGGCAAAGGUGCAGUCAAGUCUCGUUUGCGAAAAUGCGCAAGAUUGGUUGCGAGGAAUUUUAAUGUCGCAUGUCUGGAGCCCAUGACAGAACAAAGUGAAUGUCCAGCGGUUUCUUGUACUGUAGAGAAGAAAAUGGCGGCUGUUCAAAAACUGUCGUCAUAUUCACCAAGGAUGCUGUGUGGUUUUGACCCGUGUCAGAGUGUUGGCUGUAUACAUAACAUUGAAGCGUUUUGCAUCGCAGACUUUGAAUGUAAUCCAACAUUUUUCGACAACAAUGGACGAGUUUUGAAAAAGUGCGAAGAUUCGUCACAGCUGUUCUUGCGUCCCCGGGCUCAGAAGAAAUGCUCCUUCGAUCCUUGUUUGUUUGCAAAAUGUCAACUACACGGGUCCAAGUGUCUGGUAGACACAAAAUGUCGUCCGCUGUUUGUAAACAAUGCUUGGGAAAGAAUUAAUUGCAAAGGAUCCAAUGUUCUUCAGAUAUCGUCAGAAGUUAUGUGUGGUUUUAAUCCUUGCAAGAUUGCUACGUGUUCCAUUGAUCCUCUUGCAAAAUGUUUCACCGAUUACCGUUGUAAACCAAUCUUUUUUGACGCUAUUGGACAAAAAGUUAUUGGUUGUACAGAAGACAAGUUCGAAGAGGUUCAACAAACUUCCUUGCCGAAACCUUCAACUUUCUCGACGGAAAAUGCUGCAACUGAAAUCCAAACUCAUGUGCUACAUUUUCAACCUAAAAGAAAUUUAAAGAAGUAUAAGAAAGAACAGAUGUACGAAAAACCCAUUGAACCUAAAUUAAAGAAGGUUAGGAAUGAGUUAAUGAAGAUAAGACGGCUUGCAAAUAUUUUGGCCCUUCAAUUUUAUAAAAAUGGAAGCUCACACAACAAUUUCAACAGUAAAUAUUUUAAGAAUCGUCAUCGCAUAUCGUCCAAGGCAUCUGUUGGGAGUUAUGGGCCAUUAAACAGGAAUGAUUUAUUGAAGGAAUCUCAUUCAGACACGAUGUCGAAUGGUUUAGAUAAUUCAAGAAUGAUGAAAAAAAUGGGUAAAAAGCUCAAGUCGAUGCCUGGUUUUCACGAGAUAUCGUAUAAAAGAAAUAAAACCUUUAGGGAUGAAAAUACGGAUCUAGAAGGAAACACCGAUUCUUCUUCGAACGUCGAAUAUAAAAAGGAUGUGUUUGAAAAGAACGGAGGCGUUGAUUUGGUAAAUUUAAAAAGAACUGGUCAUCAACAACAAGUCGAGUUUUGCGGUCAUUACUGUCAACAGCACGAUGAAUUUUACCGUUUUUGCUAUCAACAAAACGUUGAAUUUUACCAAUCUUGCUGUGAACUCCACAUCAAGAAAGAGAAACGACAGUUAUCACAGAGUUGUUAACCAUAUUGCUGACAUCAAACAAAAUGAGACCAAUAAUAUUUCGACUUCUACGAUGGAUAGAAAUAAACAUCUUGUUGACGAGAAGACUAUUUCAGUUUUUGCUCUAAUGAAGAAAAAGCUCACGAGUGCCGACAUUUUUGUUAAUGAAA